AAGCCCAAACAGAAAAAUAACCCAUGCAUUUACCCUUUCCAAGCCUAGACGUAUCAUCCCUUCUCUCUCGCUUCUCUCUGUCGACUCUGUCUCUACGCUAUCUACGCUCUGCCGGCUGCACGCCUAUACAAGUAUACGGUAUACGCGCCCUCAAUUGUUUAAGUUAAACUCAAUUUCUGGGAAUCAGCUUCUUCGUUGUUCAACGAUAGGCUUUUUGCAAAGAUGGUUCUGUCAGAUGAGGAAAUUGCACGGCUCUUCAGAAUCAGGAAGACGGUGAUGCAGAUGCUGAGGGAUAGGGGUUACACAGUAGGUGAUUUUGAGAUUGAUAUGUCGAAGCAUCAGUUCCUUAGCAAGUACGGCGAGAACAUGAAGAGGGAGGACCUCAUUAUCAUCAAAGAAUUGCGUAGCAAUCCCUCUGAAAAGAUAUACGUGUUCUUUCCUGAGGAGGCAAAGGUUGGUGUUAAGACAAUGAAGACUUAUACCAAUCGCAUGAAAGAUGAUGAUGUUCAUCGAGCGAUCUUAGUUGUCCAGCAUAAUUUAACUCCUUUUGCUCGGACCUGUAUAAGUGAAAUAUCUACAAAAUUUCACUUGGAGGUUUUCCAGGAGGCAGAGUUGUUGGUCAACAUAAAAGAGCACGUUCUUGUUCCUGAGCACCAAUUGCUUACCCCUGAAGAAAAGAAGUCUUUGCUAGAAAGAUACACUGUGAAGGAAACACAGCUACCCCGCAUUCAGGUAACCGAUCCAAUUUCAAGAUAUUAUGGCCUGAAGCGUGGACACGUCGUGAAAAUUAUCCGACCAAGUGAGACUGCUGGACGUUAUGUAACUUACCGAUACGUAGUUUAAAUCUUAUAGCACUGUAGUUUGUUUGUCA